UCUGAGCAUCUGUCAUCUCUAUGUGUUUACAUGUGAAUAUUUUGCUGAUUUCUAGCAAAAUCCAAAUUAACACAAUAUCUCCGCAAUAUGAGCUCUCCAACAAGUAAAAACGUCAGCGAGACGAACGGAAACAAGCCAAAGAAGACGGGUAAGACAAAUUCCACGACGAAAAGUGGUUCCAUGGAUACGAGGGCGGAAUUGGCGGACCUCAUCAAAAAGAAGGCAGAGACCUCGGAACAAUUGGCUAACCUGGAGCGGCAAAUAUACGCCUUUGAGGGAUCGUAUCUGGAGGACACGCAGCUAUGCGGGAACAUCAUUCGCGGCUGGGAACGGUACCUGACCUCCAACAAGGCGACGAACUCCAAGGCCGACAAACGGAAUCGCAAGUUCAAGGAGGCCGAGCGGCUAUUUUCUAAAUCUAGCAUAACUUCGAUGGCUAUAUGUAAUCCUGAACGCGCCAGCGAAUCGGAUUCUAUAACCAACGAAGACUCAAGCGAUAAUCAGAUCUCUCUGAACCAGAAUACAACAACGGCCCACGAUGGAGCCACGACAAUCAAGAGCACACCAAAAGAUGAAAAGGAUUCUCCUUCGCACCGCAAUGAAGGUAGCCUUGGAGGCGUAUCAGCCGGUGGAGGAGCAAGUGGUGGAGGCAUUGGAGGCUUAAGUUCUGGAAAUAAGGAUGUCCUGGGAACACCAACGUCUAACACAAAAAGUAAACUGUCGAGCAGCUCGAGUGCCACGGCGAAAAAGAGCGGGCACAUAAAUAAAAAGAUUCGCCAUCGAUGAUUUAGCAAUUUUCACUUAAAACCUUUGAAAUUAAAAUUGUACAAUUGAUAAAAAGAUAGUAGGCUUUUAGAUAUUAGUUUUAUAUUCAAAGAUAUGUUAAUUUUCAAUCAAUUUAUUAAUACAGAUCAAAAAUCAAUUAUACAUUUAUACAUACAAUACUUUAAAACACUUUUUUAAUCCUCAUUUUUACCAUAUAACGAAAUAAAUCAAGAUUAUUUAAA